AUGGAGCAGGCCGAUGAUGAUAUCGCACUUGGCUCGCCCUAUGAGACCCCCCAUAGAACUCCUCGUCUUUCGGAGCGAGCCGACUCGAUUGUUCCGACAGCUGGUCGAGAAGGCUUUAAAAUCGUUCCCAAGUGUUACAGAGGACGUACCAUGGCAGUUUUCACGAGUGGCGGCGACGCUUCUGGGAUGAACAGUGCUGUACGUUCGGUGGUCAGAAUGGGCAUUUAUCUGGGAUGUCGAGUUUAUCUCAUCUACGAAGGCUAUCAGGGAAUGGUUGAUGGCGGUGACAAUAUCAGGGAGGCCGACUGGCAAUCUUGCAAAAAGCAGUUGUUUUUAUCUGAUAGUGGUUCUUUUUUUUUUCUAGGCACAAUAAUUGGAUCAGCACGAUGUAAAGACUUCCGCGAACGUGCGGGUCGCCUGCGCGCCGCUGAAAAUCUCAUCAAACAUCGUAUUACCAAUCUGGUUUGCAUUGGAGGUGAUGGCUCGUUGACGGGAGCGAAUCUUUUUCGUCAAGAAUGGCCGGAUUUGGUUCGUCAGCUUCUUGCCGAUGGAAAAAUAACUUCGGACGAAGCGAAGCAUUGUGCUAAUAUUCAAAUUGUUGGCCUGGUUGGGUCGAUUGAUAAUGAUUUUUGCGGCACCGACAUGACCAUUGGAACUGAUACGGCACUGCAACGAAUCUGUGAAGCAAUUGACUGUGUAAUAUCCACUGCUCAAAGUCAUCAACGUACAUUUGUUAUUGAGGUUAUGGGUCGUCACUGCGGUUAUUUGGCUUUGGUUGCUGCGCUGGCAUCUGAGGCAGAUUUCUGCUUUAUACCGGAAUGGCCGGUGCCGGUGGAGUGGCCGACAGUGCUGUGCCAUAAGCUGCAGAUGAUGCGUGAUGCGGGCUCACGUCUGAACAUUGUUAUCGUUGCGGAGGGUGCUGUGGACAGAGAUGGAAAGCCAAUAAAUGCUGAAUUGGUCCGAACAGUAGUGAAAGAAACAUUGCAUUACGAUACACGUGUGACCGUGCUGGGACACGUACAGCGUGGCGGCAAUCCGUCGGCGUUCGACCGAUUGUUGGGCUGUCGAAUGGGCGCGGAAGCAGUGCUUGCAUUGAUGGAAAUGACACCGCAAUCCGAGCCAUGCGUUGUUUCAAUCGAUGGCAAUAUUAUGGUUCGCGUCCCCCUGAUGCAAUGUGUCCAGCGUACGCAGGCGGUCAAAAAAGCAAUGGAUGAUCAUGACUGGGAAACAGCUGUAAAACUCCGAGGACGUAGCUUUCAGCGGAAUCUUGAAACAUACCGUCUUUUAACGAGACUGCAGCCAAAGAAAAAACAUGUCGAUCCGAGAGCUACAGGCCUCAAUCUGGCUGUUAUUAAUGUCGGCGCUCCUGCUGGUGGCAUGAAUGCUGUGGUACGCUCUUACGUUCGUAUGGCACUGCAUAAUGGAUGCAGAGAGAUGAAUUGGGGUGACGUCUCAAACUGGGUGAUGUAUGGCGGUUCUUUCCUUGGCACACAGAAACAGCUACCGGAAAAGAACAUGAAACUGGUGGCGGCUGCGUUUGCUAAAUACAAUUUCCAUGGUUUAUUGCUUGUUGGAGGAUUUGAGGCUUUUCAUUCCUGCCUGCUUCUGUCACGUGCACGUGACACGUACGCUUCGCUGCGAAUCCCGUUGUGCGUUGUCCCGUGCACAAUUAGUAACAAUGUUCCGGGCACAUCGAUAUCACUCGGUUCCGACACUGCUGCCAAUGAAAUUUGCGAAAUGAUCGACAAAAUCAAGCAAUCGGCUACGGGCACCAAGAAACGUGUGUUCAUUGUUGAAACGAUGGGCGGAUACUGCGGCUAUCUGGCAACUAUCUCUGCAUUGGCGUCGGGGGCCGAUAAUGCCUACAUUUUCGAGGAGAAAUUCGAUGUGCGUGAUAUCAUCGAGGAUGUGAAGGUUAUCGUUCACAAAAUGAGCACUGGUGUGCAGCGUUAUUUGGUU